AUGCUCUCCUUCCUCGCCCAACGCAUCUCUCGCACCAUCACCGCCCAUCACAACCCCCUUCUCUUCGACGCCGGCCGAUCUACAGUCGAAUUCAAAGGCCCGACCGAUCGCUAUCUCGUAGUCAAUCGAUGGCCGCCCGCGUCCGAUGAAGCCAAUAGGUCCAUCGCCCUGCGACCCCCUCUCCACUGGCACCGUCACCAGACCGAGACCUUUCACGUCUUGAAGGGGACGGCGGAGUUUCUCUGCGAUGGACAAAAGAGCCUGAGACGCGCGGGCGAAGUGAUCACUAUUCCGGUGGGCGCCGUGCAUACUUUUUGUAAUGCGAGUGCGGAGGAGGAAUUGGUGGUGGAGUUUGUGCUGGAACCCAAGUGGCGGGAGCGGGAUGAGGCUUUUUUUCGAAACGUCCAAUCCUACCGGGACGAUUGUCGCAAAGCCUGUGUUCCACGCAGUUUGCCCCAGGUUCUCCUGUUCAAUUGGAUGGGUGGCGUCGUCAUGGCCUUGCCGGGGCCGGCGAUCCUGGCCAAACCCUUGGGGGUGAUGUUAAAUUUGGUCGGUGGGGUGCUGGUGGGCAAGUAUAUCCUGGGGUAUCAGGAGAGUUAUGCGGAGUAUUACAAGGAGCGAAUGUGA